CUGGACCAGCCUGGCAAGCCUGGAGAGCAGAGGAGCAGCCCCCCGUUCAUGCAGCUCAGGGUGCCCCCAAUGACGGAAGCGGUGGCCAGACAAGCCCUCCUGCGCUUCGUGGCCUCCCGAUGCUGCUACGGGAGCAGAGCUGCAGGAGAGCUGUCCAUCCGACGGCUGCGGCAGCUGGGCACGUACCGAUAUCGGCUGGAGACAUUCAGUGAGUCAAGGUUAAGCGAGUGGGUGUUUGAGCCCUUCACCAAGCCUGGAGCAGCUGGACCCUCUGGGGACACACCCCUGGACCCCUGGGAUGUGGAGGUUGGGGCCCCCUGGCCCUUCCAGGGCCAGACGCGGCGCUGGCGGGUGCCCUGCUCGGCGCUGGUCAGGGACUGUCACAGAUGCCAUGGUCACGGCCGGUCCAAGUGUGGGGUGUGCCACGGGGCAGGUCGGACAAGGUGUGUAACGUGCAAGGGAUCCCGAUGGAGGCUGAAGCAGCAGAAGAGAUGCCAGCUUUGUUCAGGUACAGGUCGCAAAAGGUGCAAUACCUGUUCUGGCCGGGGCAGCAAGACCUGUGCAACCUGCCAGGGAGAGAAAAAGCUCCAACAUUUCCAGCAGCUGGUGAUAACCUGGAAGAACAACGUCUUUGAAUUUGUUUCUGAGCACCAUCUGAACUUCCCAGGAGAGCUACUCAGCAAAGUCAGAGGAGUGAAUAUAUUUAAAGAUGAAAAUGUAGCGGUGUACCCCAUCAUCAACUUUCCCGAACCCGAGAUCUCCCUGGCCUCGCAGCGAGCCAUCGCAGAGCACAGCGCGGCGUUUGCCACGUCCUCCCGCAUCCUCUGGCAGCGUCAAACAAUUGAGCUAAUUCCCAUCACCGAAGUUCACUGCCAGUAUUCAGGGAAGCCUUACCUCUACUACAUCUAUGGGCUUGAAAACAAGGUGUAUGCACUGGACUACCCCGAGAGGUGCUGCUGCGGCUGCACCAUCGUCUGA